UAUCAAACAUCAAAUAUCUCUAGGCCGUAUCAGCCACCAAAAAUGAUAAAACAAAACAACAAAUUCAAGCAACAUGAUCCUUUACGCUUCUCCACCAAGUUCAGCCAUCUUCUCCAUAAGCAAUGCUUCUCAACAAGCCAAACCCAGAUCAUCAUCCACCAACUGCGCGCACCAGAGCAUUCCGGAAGCGCCACCGUUCUCACGUUUGUUUUGCCACAACCAUUCUUGCCUAUGCGGAAGAAGGCGUUUCAUUGAAGCAGCAACAGCCACAUCUCUGUUCCCUCUAUGCCCUUCAAUGGCUUCUUCUAAUUCAUCCUCUGAUUACGUUGUGAGGAUCUUCUUUCGAACCAGACCGAUGGGGGUUCGUCCUCCUAAGCCAGAUUGGUACGAGGAUUUUUAUGCGUCAGUUCUGGCUAAUGGCAUGAAAUCGUAUGAAGAAGAGAUUGCAGUUUACAAGUCCCAGAUGUUUGCCAAUUUGAGAGGGAAGUCUCAGAAAGUGUUGGAGAUUGGAAUUGGUGCAGGUCCUAACCUUAAGUAUUACGCUGGGAAUGAAGGUAUGGAGGUUUAUGGUGUGGAUCCAAAUCAAAAAAUGGAAAAAUAUGCUCGGGAAGCAGCAAAGAAUGCUGGUUUGCCACCUGAGAGUUUUGAGUUUAAACAAGCAGUUGGUGAGGCUAUACCGUUGCCUGAUGCUUCUGUCGAUGCUGUUGUUGGAACACUUGUAUUGUGUUCUGUGACCGAUGUUGACAUGACUCUAAGGGAGGUGAAGAGGGUUCUUAGGCCUGGUGGAUUAUACAUAUUUGUCGAACAUGUUGCUGCAAAAGAAGGAACUGCACUUCGAUUUAUACAGGACGUGCUUGAUCCUCUACAACAAAUUGUUGCUGAUGGAUGUCACCUUACUCGCCGGACAGGGCAGAAUAUAAUUCAAACAGGGUUUUCAAAUGUUGAUCUGAACAUAACUUCCUUCUCUGACGCCGCCUUCAUAAAUCCUCAAGUCUACGGAGUUGCUUAUAGAUAACCAGAAACAGAAGCUUACAUUUUCAUUCAGUAUACUCUCAUGUUUGUAGGGAAAACGUAUAAAUCAACCAUGGGCUUGAAUAUUCCUCUAAUUAUAUUGUACCAUAACGAAGGAUGAUUGAUUACUCCUUCUCAAGGAUUUUUUUGUCAGUGGCAGAGCCUUUGGCUAUUAGUUUGCUGAUUCAUUUUUUUUUGUCAGUGGCAGAGCCUUUGACUGUUAGUUUGCUGAUUCAUGAAAUUUGUUAUAGAGUCAAACUCUGAGGAAAACGACUAUUCAAAUUGGCAAUACAAGAAAUUACUUUUUCAGCUC